AUGGGGUAUAAGCAGGAAUUGAAGCGACAGUAUUCCACGCCGCAGAUGUUUGCGAUCGCGUUUAGCAUUAUGGGCCUUGUACCGUCUAUCGCGUCAACUAUCGCGUUUUCGCUUCCGGCGGGUCCUGUUGGGAUGGUUUGGGGAUGGUUCACGGCGAGUAUCUUCAUUAUUGUGGUUGCAUUGGCUAUGUCAGAUCUGGCAUCUGCCAUGCCCACGGCCGGGGGUCUAUAUUGGUGGACCCAUUAUUUUGCUGGCGAAAAGUACAAGAACCCUCUAAGCUUCUUGAUUGGAUACAGCAACACGUUGGGUCUGAUUGGCGGUAUAUGCUCAGUAGACUAUACACUUGCUCUCAUGAUUCUAUCAUGCGUCUCUAUCUCUCGCGACUCGGACUGGACAGCAUCGCGCGGCGUAAUCUAUGCUGUUUACGUGGGGUUGAUCCUCUUCCACGGGUUGUCUGCGGCAGUCACAGGCCGUGUGAUGCCCAAGAUCCAAACAGCCUGCAUUUACAUCAAUAUCGGGCUGGUAGUUGCUACAGUCAUCGCAUUGCCCGUCGGAAAAGUGACUAGAGGGGGAUCACUGAAUUCGGGAAAAUAUGUCUUCGGCCAUGUUGACAACGAAACAGGAUGGCCGACUGGGUGGACUUUUAUGCUUGCGUGGCUUGCUCCAAUUUGGUCGAUUGGCUCGUUCGACUCUUGCGUGCAUAUGAGCGAGGAGGCUAUGCAUGCUGCCAGGGCUGUUCCGCUUGGUAUCAUGUUCUCUGCAGGUUCAGCCCUUAUCUUUGGGUUCUUAGUGCUGGCUGUGAUGGCUGCUACUAUGAAUCCAGACGUGUCGCAAACUCUGGGAACCAAAUUUGGGCAGCCGAUGGCGCAGAUUUAUUAUGACGCCGUCGGCAAAGAUGGCGCUUUAGCUUUCAUGAUCGUACUGUGUAUCGUUCAGUAUCUAAUCGGUCUCAGCUUGCUCGUUGCUGCAUCCCGCCAAGCAUGGGCAUUCUCGCGCGAUGGCGCAUUUCCGUUCUCCAACUUCUUUCGCCAUAUCAGCACACGGAUCCAAUAUCAACCCGUACGCAUGAUUUGCGGUCUCGUCGUGAUAUGUCUCAUCUUAGGCCUUUUGUGCCUCAUCAACAACGCUGCUACCAAUGCACUGUUCUCGUUGUUUGUUGCCAGUAACUAUCUAUCAUGGGGCAUGCCGAUAUUUUGCCGGGUGGUCUGGGGUGAGGAUCGAUUCCAACCUGGAGAAUUUUAUACCGGUCGGUUUAGCAAGCCGAUCGCUUAUAUCGCUGUUGUGUAUUUGCUUUUCGGUGUGGUUUUAUCCAUGUUCCCAACCGCAGGACCGAAUCCGGAUCCACCUGACAUGAACUAUACUGUUGUCAUUAACGGCUUUGUCUGGAUCGGUUGUAUGGCCUAUUACUUCCUCUUUGCCAAGAAUUGGUUCACUGGCCCCCGGAUGACGGUUGACGAGAAUGGCUCGAUGGAGUCGGAAACCACCAUAGCCAACCCUGUCUUCGAAAAUUCGCGGUUUUCGAAAGAAGAUUGA